AUGGCUACUAAGUACCCUGUCCCAUCCAGCGAUAAAAUACUCGCUCUAUCUUGCAUGAAUGUCGGCGUUGGUCCUGGUGGAACAACCGCAAUGCUUGCACGCGUCUCCAUCGUCGAUUACAAAGGACAAGUCAUGCUUGAUACAUACGUAUCACCUACCAUGCAAGUCAGCGACUACCGAACUGCAACCACCGGUAUAGAAUCUUCUCACCUUCUUUCUCCCGACACCCCUACUUUCGCCCAAGUUCAACAGCACGUUGCUGACCUUAUCAAGGGCAAGGUACUUAUUGGACACAGUCUGUGGAACGAUCUCUCUGUUCUAGGAAUUCCUCAUCCCGCAGUGGGUACUCGGGACGUUGCUCUAUAUCAGCCUUUUCGAAACGCUCUUCGGUCCCCUAAUCAGGUGAUCGGCCUUCAAACUCUUAUGUGGCAUUUGAUGUGCCGUCGAUGUCAAGACGGCCAGCUUCACCCAGUCGAGAAUGCGCGUGCUGCACUUGACUUGUAUCGGACUGUUUCGUCUGAAUGGGAAGGGGCAAUUGCCAUCGGAAAUUGGCCCUCAUCCCUUCCUCCUAGCACAUUCUCCCGUUGCUAUCUCUGA